AGCUUAAGGCUCAAGAUGGUCUCCGAUUUCAAGUCGUGGAGCCGAUGGCCACGCCGGCCACAUGGCCACGGGACACCAUGGCUGAUCUUUUGGAUGUUCCUUCCCUGGGCGCUGAAAAGCGCCACGUUUUCCUCACCUGCCGGAAGCCGAAACGCGAAAAGCAUGGGGAUUCUGCUGGCACCUGGGGCAGAUGAAGCAGUGGCAGCGUUCAGAAAGAAGUUUCCGGAGGUAAUGGCCAAAGAGCGUCCAGACUAUUUGGGCACCGCCUGCAGCGAAGCCGAUCUACGGCGACGUUUCCAGAGCCUGGGGGAAACGCUCGGCAGGGAGGAGGCCCUGGGACUGGUCCUGCGGGAGCCACUACUUCUGGCAAUGCAGGAGAGGAAUCUCCAAGCGUCAUGGAAAGCGAUGCUGGACGUCGCCGCGUGCGAUGGACGAUCUCCUGCAGAAGCCUUGCGCGUGGUGCGCAAACGUCCUGGCUGUUUGAUCGCGCCAGCUGAGGAAUUCAAAGGCAAGACCUUGGCCGAGUUCGAGGCGGUUUCGCAGAUGGAGGACGCCUUUCGCCCAGCCACCGAGACCUUGAAAGACCUGGGCCCGGAGGGGGUGGCCUUGGGCGCGGCCGCCUUGGGCAUAGCCGCCUUGGGAGCCAUGGCGGAGAAGAAGUCACUGGGAUCUAAGGGACAGAAGCCGAAAAGGAGGCGAUGAUGGUCCGCCAGUGGCACCAUGUACAUAGAAUGCAUCGAACGCAGGGCAAGCAGAACAGUUGAAAGCUUGAAA